AAAAACGUACGUACCACUUCUCUACUUUAUCACUUCAUCUCAUUCAUCAUUCAUUCAUACGCACUACAACAGAAACAGCAACGUAUUAUUAUUGGAUCAUAUUGUGAUAUAUAGGAAGACCGAAUUCAAUUCAUUGUUCCUAGCUUGAAACUGCAGGUUUAAUCGAGUUCGGUAUCCAAUGGCGGCGGCAUCAUCGAGUUAUUGGCGAUUGGUCUUUCAUUGGUCCUUGCUAGCAGCUCUGGCCUUUCUGUUUCUCAAUGCUUCCGCAAUGAGCCAGCAGAGAGCUGAAGAGACAGAGCUUUGGAGCUUGGAAAAAUCAUCAAUGGCGGAUAGAUUGAAUAAUAGUUAUGAAUCACAGCACGAGGAUGCGGUAGAUGAUCCAGAGGCAAUUGCAUCUAUGGUUGACAGGAGCGUUCGUAAUGCCACGGAGAGGAGAAAACUGGGCUACUUCUCGUGUGCAACGGGGAACCCCAUAGAUGACUGCUGGCGUUGCGACACUAACUGGGCACGCAACCGCAAGCGCCUAGCUGACUGCGCUAUUGGCUUUGGCCGGAACGCCAUUGGCGGCCGAGACGGCAAGUACUACGUUGUCACCGACCCCAGUGACGACGACGUCAUAAAUCCUAAGCCCGGGACAUUACGUUACGCCGUGAUUCAAGAAGAGCCGCUAUGGGUCGUGUUCCAAAGAGACAUGGUCAUCACGCUCAAACAGGAGCUGAUCAUGAACAGCUUCAAGACUAUUGACGCCCGCGGGGUCAAUGUUCAUAUAGCUAAUGGAGCUUGUAUUACGGUUCAGUUCGUCACCAAUAUUAUAAUCCAUGGCCUUCAUAUUCAUGACUGCAAGCCUACCGGCAAUGCCAUGGUUCGCAGCUCCACUACUCAUUAUGGUUGGAGGACCAUGGCUGAUGGUGAUGGGAUUUCUAUUUUUGGGUCUAGCCAUAUUUGGGUUGAUCACAACUCUUUGUCUAACUGUGCUGAUGGCCUCAUUGAUGCCAUCAUGGGAUCAACCGCCAUCACCAUCUCCAACAAUUACUUCACCCACCACAAUGAGGUCAUGCUACUGGGGCACAGUGAUGCUUACGAAAGAGACAAGGUUAUGCAGGUCACAGUAGCGUACAACCAUUUUGGAGAGGGUUUGGUUCAGAGAAUGCCAAGGUGUAGGUAUGGAUACUUUCAUGUGGUAAACAAUGACUACACCCAUUGGGAGAUGUAUGCCAUUGGAGGCAGUGCUUCUCCCACAAUCAACAGCCAAGGCAACAGAUUUCUAGCCCCUACCAACCCUUUUGCUAAAGAGGUGACUAAGAGGGUGGAAACAUCUCACGGUGAAUGGAAGAACUGGAAUUGGAGAUCAGAAGGCGACCUUAUGCUCAACGGAGCUUAUUUUACUCCAUCUGGAGCCGGAGCCUCAGCUAAGUAUGCAAAGGCGUCUAGCUUGGCAGCCAAGUCCUCUUCCCUAGUAGAUAUUCUUACAUCUAAUGCGGGUGCUCUAUCCUGCCGUAAGGGUAGGCAAUGUUAAUUGUCAAUACACAAAAAACAUCAUCAAAUCUUGGACCAAAAUUAACCCAACCUCGAAUUCUUUGUCUGUAAGCUAGCCUCCUAUUCCCUUAUUCUUAGGCCCUCGUUGCCUUGUAGCCUUGUCCAUUUUUCAACCAGUCUACGUACUCAUUACUCAACCUUCGCCUGCUUCAACUACAAACAUUUGACAUACUUGAAGACAGGCGUACCAAGUGUUGUUGUUCAUUACCCCGUCUUGUACCCUACAUCAAUGAUUCUACUCGGGCUGAAAUCAUUUUUCACCCUCCCCAGUGUCAAAUAGGCCUACAAAUUACACAUUUCACCUUUUGCUUUUUGGUUGCUAGGGACAGGAUCUAUCAUCUUCUACAUCUCUCUCCCCAUUUUGGUCAAAGUUCAAUGUAAUUAUGUAUUACUAUUGAUAUAAUGAAUACUAAUAAUUUAUACCUUC